AAAUCGAUUAUUUCUCGUCGCACUGGGAGAGGAGAGGUUUUGGGAAAAGACUCGGUCUGGAUUGUGGGAAUGAACAGAAAGAGCCUCUCUACAUCACCAUCAAGAUCCAGACCUCCAGCACCACCUCCACCAUCACCGCUCCACAGGGUCCCUCUCCGCUCACCGGCACCGCGCAGAGAGACCAGGCGAAGCGUCCUCGCCGCCUGCUGAGCAGACACUGUCCGAUCAGAGAGGGAGGGAGGGAGAGGGAGGGAGAGAGAGAGAGAGAGAGAGAGAGAGAGAGAGAGAGAGAGAGCGAGAGAGAGAGAGUAGUUGUCUCUGACAUUAUAGAGACUCCUACCACGUACUGUAGAUUACUUUUUUUCCUCGCGGCGACGUCCUCAGCUAAGUUGCGCUCCUGGAUUUUAAGUGCGUCUUGGCUAAGUCCGUCCCCAUCCAGCAGCAGCUCCCACCGUCCUGUCAGUCGGCCGGACCAGACAACCGGCGGACCGCUUGUUGUAUCUUUCACUUCACCCGGACAAGAUUCCAUGCGAAAUAAAGUACGGAUGCUGGAAUCUUUGAGUUGAUUGGAACAAAUAGAAAGCAGAAAAAAGACAGAGAAAGGAAGAGCAGGAGUGUGAGGAGAAAGAAGAAGAAAGAGGAGAGAGAAGAAAGCAGAAAGUUCUUUAGAAAGAGGAGAGAAAGAAAGAGACGGGGACGAUGGGGAGGAAAAAGAUUCAGAUCACGCGGAUUAUGGAUGAACGCAACAGACAGGUGACAUUUACAAAGCGAAAGUUUGGCCUGAUGAAGAAGGCGUAUGAGCUGAGCGUGCUGUGUGACUGUGAGAUCGCCCUGAUCAUCUUCAACAGCACCAACAAGCUGUUCCAGUAUGCCAGCACAGACAUGGACAAGGUCCUGCUUAAAUACACCGAGUACAAUGAGCCCCAUGAGAGCAGGACCAACUCCGACAUUGUGGAGACAUUGAGAAAGAAGGGCCUAAACGGCUGUGACAGCCCUGACCCCGACGCAGACGACUCGGUCGGCCACAGCCCCGAGUCCGAGGACAAGUACAGGAAAAUAAACGAGGACAUUGAUCUGAUGAUCAGCAGACAGAGACUGUGUCAGGCCGUGCCCCAAUCAAACUAUGACAUGCCUGUGUCCAUUCCCGUUAGCAACCAGAACAAUCUCAUUUACAGCCAUCCCGGUGGUUCCCUAGGCAACCACAACCUGUUGCCAUUGGCGCACCAUGGCCUACAGAGAAACAGCAUGUCUCCCGGAGUUACACACAGACCCCCCAGUGCAGGUGGCCUCAUGGGUGCUGACCUCACCACUGGCGCAGGCACCAGUGCUGGAAAUGGAUACGGUAACCAUCGCAACUCACCAGGUCUGCUGGUUUCUCCAGGUGGCAUGAACAAGAACAUGCAGACUAAGUCUCCCCCACCCAUGAAUUUAGGCAUGAACAACCGCAAACCUGACCUACGUGUGCUCAUCCCUCCUGGCGCCAAGAACAACAUGCCCUCCAUUAACCAGAGAAUAAACAACUCUCAGUCUGCUCAGUCCUUGGCCACCCCAGUGGUAUCAGUAGCAACUCCCACUCUUCCAGGACAGGGCAUGGGCGGUUACCCAUCUGCCAUCUCUACUUCUUAUGGUACCGAGUAUUCCCUGAAUAGCGCAGACCUGUCCUCACUGUCUGGCUUCAACAGCGGCAGCUCCCUUCACCUCGGCUCAAUGAGCGGGUGGCAACAGCAACACCUUCAGAACAUGCAGCAUUCAGCCCUCGGCCAGCUAGGAAAUUGCUCUAGCUCUCACUUAUGUCAGGGUUCAAAUCUCUCCCUGCCCUCUGCUCAAAGCCUGCACAUCAAGUCCGAACCUGUUUCUCCUCCUAGAGAUCGCACCAGCAGCACGGGGGGCUAUGGUGGGCUACCACCUCCCCAGAACCCCUCGUCUCGCCAGGACUCGGGACGCUCCCCUGUUGAUAGCCUGAGCAGUUGUAGCAGCUCCCAUGAGGGCAGCGACCGUGAUGAGCACAGGAAUGAGUUCCACUCACCUCUGGGACUGGUCAGGCCCACCCUGGACGAGCGCGAGAGCCCCUCCAUCAAACGGGUGCGCCUGUCAGAAGGAUGGGCGACAUGAUAGCUCUGUCCCCUCCCUGGCAGUACCCAGAGUUACCCUGAGCCCCCGACAACGCAGCGUUACGAUGCCCCCUAAGUCAGAUCCUCUUCCUCCUCUCACCUGAUAUCACGAGUCACUCAACCACCCAACCCCAUGGCCUCUCUCCUUUUAUCUUGUUAACGCUGAAGGAAAUAAAAGGGACAGCCCUUUUCUAAAAUAUGUUUGUAAUUUCUUUUCCUUUUUUAUUUUAUUUUUGCUGAGUGUGUGUGCUAUACAUAUUGACAUUAUAUAAACCAGUGGGGUGUUGUAAUGGGGGUUUGGGAGGGUGGGCGUGGGUUGGGAUGGGAUGGCAUCUGGGGGUAUUUCUGUCGGGGAACUAUGCAUAAAUUGUAUUGUGUGUGGAUAAAAAGAAUCACGUAUGCAUAUAUCUUUACACGUGUGUGUAUGUGUACAUAUAUGCAUAUCAACAAAUAAACAAAAAAAAAUAGUCAGGUACUCUGUUUCAUAAAACGUACUUACACUUUGCCUCAGCGAUAUAUCAGUGAGUAGAGACAAAAAAAGACAAAAAAAACUUUAACAUGAGAGUGAGGGUGUCCAAUGGAAAACACCUUAGCACUUGAGUUGGACAAACAAUACAUGUGUACAGUGUCGGUUUCAUUGCUAUAUACCUUCUCUGCAGUUCUCCCUUGCAAAAAUGUGUGUUAACAUUAGAUGAUGUCAUGUUGCAGGUUCAACGUAUUUAUGUAAAUAGAGGGUCGAGGGGGGAAGGGCAGGCGUCAAAAGUUGCCAGACAUUACAAGAUUUAUUUCCUCACUAAAUGAAAAAGCUAUUAUGCAACAUUUGAAGAAUUGUACAGGUAAAGAGGCAGACCCAAUACUAGACGUGUGGAACCUUUGAUGAUCUUAGCGCUCCCUUUAACCAACGGAGCUGAGCGAGGACCAGCCUUUGAUCUAAGUGUUGCGUUAGUGUAAUCAAGAAAACUCUGGAUCUAGUAUUAAUAUUCAGUAUUAAUAAACGAAAAAUGGAAAAAUAAAAAAUAAUUGUACGAUACACUUGCUUAUAUUUUCAUAUGAAAGGAAUACAAUGCAAAGCAUUUUUGUGGCUUUUUGUAGUUUCUAUAAGCCAGAAUGUGUUUUUUGAUAGCUUUGCUAAUAAGAGAUGGAUAGUUCACCCAGAGGGGAAUUGACAGGGCUUCGCUGCCCUAAGCCAUUGAAGACAGACUGAGAUCCAAUGCUUUGCUGAACUGUUUUAUCUUUGUAGAGGUUUGUUUUUAAACGUGUAUUUCUAAUUAUAUAUAAUAAUGGUAAUAUUAAGAUUCUUUUAAAAAAGUCUGUGAAAUUAACAUGCUUGUGUAUAGCUUUCUAAUAUAUAAAUAUAUAUACUAAUGACUUCUGUUGGUUUCUUAGUGGAGUUUCUAUGUGCAGUUGCACAUGUUGUCUGGUUUGUUUAAUUUGAGCCCUGAACAGUGCUGUUCAGGUGCGUAUUUAGUCUAACCUUCAAGACCAGCUGGAAAGCAUUGCCGGGGUUUGUGUGACGGAGGAAAGACAGGCCUGAAUGCAAAAACACAACCUGUUAGUGGAACAUGUCACGAGACUGGAACUGGGGAUGACACAGAACAACAAAAGUUGACACAUGAUGUACAUGAUUGUCAUACUGAUGAGGAAAUAUGGCUGACCCUCAAUCCAUGGCUAGAUGUAUUUGAAUGCAUGCGAUAUUUCAUUCUUAGCCUCAAUUAUCUAAUUUCAUAAUGUUAAUCUCGUAAAACAUGUUAGCGACGUUCAGUUCAAUUUCAAAUCUUAACCACAAUCUUAGCUUGUGUUCCAAAUGUUGCACAAGCCCUGACCCAAUCAAUCAAAACAAAUUAUUUGGAAUCAUAUUUAUAUAAUGUAAUUUUGUGAGUGCAUUGUGAUUAAUUAUCCCUGAUCAUUUGCAAACCUAAUUUGAUUCGGUGUCGCCCUGUGACUCCUCAUGUUCCACUCUUCAGAACAGGGUUCCACAUCAUUUAUCACAUGUCACAUGACAGUUGAGCGUCAGAUACACAGGGAAAAAUUGAUCAUGCUGGUAUGAAAGAAGCACAAUUGUUUAUUUUAAGAUAAAUAGCUGUUUUGAUUUACUAUUUUUUAAACAAUGAAACUAGCCACAUAUCUCUCUGACUCCCACUCCUGUAUCUGCUGUCACUUAAGUGUUAUAAUAUUUCUAUGUGCAUAUUUCAUGCAGGUUCACUAUGUUGUUACUGUAUACAGUCUGUGUAGUCAAACAGGGGCAGAGCCUCUAUAAUGGUGUUCUUCUCUUUUCUUUUUUUUUAUUCAAUACAAAAAGGUUGAGAAAAAAAUAAACAUGAUGUUUCAGGCAGCAAAAGUGUGGAGAAACCAAAGCCAGUGGCAUUUCUGUGUUGUAAACUCAACUUUAUUUUCACAUUCAUUUACGGUUUUUGCAAGCAUUGAAACAAGACAAUAAAAGAAUAUGCUCAAAUGUA